UUAGUACGGUAUAAAAUGUUUGUCCCUGUCAGGCCGCCGUCCUGCAGGUCCGCCAUAUUGUCUGCCGAAGCUGCCGCUGAAGCCACAGCUGCGGCCGCCGCCAAGUCUGAGCGAGCGGAGCCGCGAUGGGUGAGUGAGGCAGCUCGCAGAUGGGUGCUCGGGCUGAGGUCUUGGGGAUCGGGGUCUGCGAGGGCCUGUCUCUCGUCUGAAGGAGAUGUCGGAAGCGUCCCGAUAGAGACCAUGGCAAGCCCAGGGAAAGACAAUUACCGAAUGAAGAGCUAUAAGAACAAUGCCUUAAACCCUGAGGAAAUGAGACGAAGGAGGGAGGAAGAGGGCAUUCAGCUUCGGAAACAGAAGCGGGAACAACAACUUUUUAAACGGAGAAAUGUGGAGCUGAUUAAUGAAGAGGCUGCCAUGUUCGACAGUCUGCUGAUGGACUCCUAUGUGAGCUCUACAACAGGGGAGAGUGUGAUCACAAGAGAGAUGGUGGAGAUGCUCUUUUCUGACGAUUCUGACUUACAGUUAGCAACCACACAGAAAUUCCGGAAACUCCUCUCCAAAGAGCCGAGUCCUCCAAUAGAUGAAGUUAUUAACACUCCAGGAGUAGUUGACCGGUUUGUGGAGUUUCUGAAAAGGAGUGAGAAUUGUACAUUACAGUUUGAAGCUGCUUGGGCUCUGACAAACAUUGCCUCCGGAACUUCUCAGCAGACCAAAAUUGUCAUUGAAGCAGGAGCUGUCCCCAUUUUUAUAGAGCUGCUUAACUCAGACUUUGAAGAUGUACAAGAACAGGCAGUCUGGGCUCUGGGAAACAUAGCUGGAGACAGUUCGGUUUGCAGAGAUUACGUCCUGAAUUGCUCGAUCCUUAAUCCUUUGUUAACACUCCUCACUAAGUCCACACGACUCACAAUGACAAGGAAUGCAGUCUGGGCCCUGUCAAACCUCUGCCGAGGAAAGAACCCGCCUCCAGAAUUUGCAAAGGUCUCUCCUUGUUUGCCUGUGUUGUCUCGCCUGCUCUUCAGUAGUGACUCAGACUUGCUGGCAGAUGCUUGCUGGGCCCUCUCUUACCUGUCUGAUGGCCCCAAUGAGAAGAUCCAGGCAGUCAUAGACUCUGGAGUCUGCCGGAGAUUGGUAGAACUUCUGAUGCACAACGAUUACAAAGUGGCAUCUCCUGCCUUGAGAGCUGUGGGUAACAUUGUCACUGGGGAUGACAUCCAGACCCAGGUCAUUCUUAACUGUUCAGCCCUCCCUUGUCUCCUCCACCUACUGAGCAGCUCUAAGGAAUCAAUCCGGAAAGAAGCUUGCUGGACCAUUUCAAACAUCACUGCUGGCAAUAGGGCUCAAAUACAGGCUGUCAUAGAUGCCAAUAUCUUCCCUGUGUUGAUUGAAAUCCUUCAGAAAGCAGAGUUCCGUACAAGGAAAGAAGCAGCCUGGGCCAUCACCAAUGCCACAUCAGGAGGAACCCCUGAGCAGAUCAGGUACCUGGUGUCACUGGGCUGCAUCAAACCCCUGUGUGACUUGCUGACUGUAAUGGAUUCAAAGAUUGUGCAAGUGGCCCUCAAUGGACUAGAGAACAUCCUGCGGCUUGGAGAGCAAGAGGGCAAGCGUAGUGGCUCAGGGGUCAAUCCCUACUGUGGCCUCAUUGAGGAAGCCUAUGGCUUGGAUAAAAUUGAGUUUCUUCAGAGUCACGAGAACCAGGAAAUCUACCAGAAGGCCUUUGACCUCAUUGAGCACUACUUUGGUGUAGAAGAUGACGACAGCAGCCUGGCUCCUCAGGUGGAUGAAACACAACAGCAGUUCAUCUUCCAACAGCCUGAGGCCCCCAUGGAGGGCUUCCAGCUAUAAUGUCUGCCUCCGGGGAGGGGAGGGCAUGGGAAGCACCACCAGCCAGCAGAAGAGCAGCCCACUGGUGGGCAGGGAAACAGCCACCCCACCAGCAGCCACCACACACCUGCUGCCCUGAGACUGUGCUCUUGACCUGCUCAUCCCCUUCCCUGGAGGGAGCACCCUCUGGACAGACAGAACCAUCUGAGGCUCACAUGGGUUUUGUGACAAGAAGGGGACGUGUGGGUUUUUCUUCCUUACACUUUAUUUUGGCUGCACACAUGUCUUUAACCCAGGAGCCCAGGGGUAGACAAAGGAGGACUGAGGUAAUCAAUUUGCACCUUUAAAAUUUUUUUUUUCUUUUAUUUUCUUUAGUGGUGACUUCCUUCCCAUUAUUCUUGCUUCAUCCAUCCCAGUCCUCUGCCCUGAUGUGUGUAACUCUUAUCUUGGGUACUUGAGCAGAUGGAAUAUUCCAGAGGUGGGAGGUGGGGGGGAGGGGAGAAGUCCAAAACAAAGUGUUCUUGCUCUGACCGAAUAUUGAUCUUGUAUGCUUGGAUUGGUUAUUUAAUUUUUUCUUUUGCACAUUUUUCUUGUAUUAAGGUUGCUCUUCCCAAAAGCUGGUUUUAGGAGCCCAGCUGCCAGCAUUGUCUGGAAAGAGAGGCUAAUAAGGAGGCCCCAUGAGACAGAGGUCCUCCCCGCUCACUCUCCUGGAACAAAUGUACAGUGGGAGUGGACAGGAGGAGCACAGGCCUUCAGACAGGGCCUUCCCUGUGUAGCUACUGACCCUGUAUCCUACCCACCUCCUACAUGGUGCGACCCAAUUUUAUUUGUUUACUUGAAAAUUCACCUCAGAGUUGAAUGAACCUCUGAGGUGGCUGUGUUUUCUCCUGAGCUUGAGAUGGGGGGCUGUGGUCCUUCCUUCUCCUGAGGAGAAAGUCCUUGCUCUGAUGACCCAUAAGUUGCAGAGGAGGUUGGAGUUAGGGUCGUGUAUUGGGAUAGUCAGGAAUCCCUGCCUUUGGCCUUUCUUCUUCCUUCUGCCAUAGUUGGAUCAUGUAUAUUUUACUUCCAAAGGAGAGAAUGUCAAAAAGUUCUGUAUUUUUUUUAUAUUCUAUAUUUUAAGUAGGUCAGUCUUAAUUGGUCUUAAGAGGAUAAACCGUCUGUGAGUGGGAUACUGUGAGGAAGACCAAAAAGGGAUAUAGAAGCUUCCUGUUCAAAGAGCUAGACUUGGUCCUUUUCUUCUCUGCUUGGAUUCUGGGUCAUCACUUGGGACCAACUCUCACCUCUGGAGCCUUUAUGAAGUAAAUCAGCCUGGGCUGAUUUUCCCUUUCCUGAAAGGAGCAAAGAGUGCCUGGGGGCCUGGUGAAGUCUGCUGCUCUGGUCCUUGCUCCUGAGCAGAAAGCAUCCUGCCUUCUCUAACUCAGUUACCAGUCCCCGUUACCCACAUAAGUCAUGACACGGCUGCCUCUGCCGUUAUCAGAGAACCUUGGCGACCUGGAUACUUUGAUAAGAGCUGUUGGCAUAUCCCUUCCAAGGGUCGUUGUACCUUUCUUGUGACAGUUACACAGACACCUUUUCUUUCUCUGAGUAAAGCUAGCUCAAUGCCUCAGAGGCUGGCCUGUGUUUUAGUGGGUUACACAUUAUCUAAAACUGAGCUCUGGGGGUGGGGGUGGGGGAGUGGUGGGCAUUGUCAGUUAGGUAUAAAUCAGCUGUGGAGCUAGCAGCCCAGUACCUCACUGUGUUGAAGCAGAGGUGUCCUGUUGUCAUCCACACUUUUCUUUCUCCAGAAACAGCUUCUUACUCCUGUUCCAACAGAUCUCCCACACUUGCAGAUCUAAAGAUCAGGUCUUGCUGUUGGCCAUUGAUUGGCCUUCUGUUUGCCAUGUCUUAGUUUGGAGGCCCUGCUCCUAAGAAAAGUAGUUCGGGGCUGGUGGUUGAUACUGAAAGCUUUGACUAACAUUGGCGGAUCAAAUACUACUUAUUCACCCUCUGACCUUCUGGGAAAGCAAUGGGCAGGGCCUUUUUUUUUUUUUUCUUUUAAACCUGGUCUGCAGCUUUACUACAAACUCUGCUCCUAGUUCAAAGAAAAGCCCUCCAGGACCAUUAUCACCACCCCUGUCUAAAGAGCAGAACACUGUAGUGGGAGCUACUCUGCACAUCUCAAGCAACAGUUAAUAAACCCCUGGCAUUGGAGCCAUACUCUCAGUAUGUGAUAUAAUGUCCUGCCCCCCAUCCUUUCUCCAGUAUCUCUUUGGCUUCAGACCUGCAUCCAGUACCAGAUGGAAGAGGUUGGUUACCUAGCUGCUCUAGCCACUGCACACUGAAAUCCUCUUUAGUGACUGACAGAGUGGUCCGUUCUAGACACUGUCUUCAGUCUCCAGCUCUCCCCAGUGACUACAAGCCUUGAUGUUGGCUGUAGCCUUUUAGUAUAACCAUACAGAGUUCCAUCCUAUUUGUCACCAUUGUUAUUUGGGUCGGUGGUCACACACUUCCAGGAAGUAGGUGUUGACCUUUUUUUUAAAGAGCUUUGGUGUUUCCCUUUACCUGGGACCUUGUAUCUACUGCUGCUCCCUUCUGUCUGGAAGUAGUCAUCUCCCAGGUGUGCUGAAGCUAACCACAGAUUAUAGCUGCUUUUGUAUUUAGCUAAGGAAGAUGAAAAGAAGGUUCUGCUUCUCUGAAAUGAAUCCAGUAGAAAGACAAACUUCCUGCGUGGAGGAACUGUGGUUCUGCUCCUGUCUGCCUGGAAACCCAGCAGUUCACACUCUUUCUGCACUCCACAUGGCCUCCUCUGAGGGCUUCUGCUCUCGUGCAGACUUCAUCCCUUCUCCCCUCGGUAUCCAUCCUCUUGGGUAUUCUUCAGGCUCUAACUUCUUGAAGGCACAAAGCUUCUCCAGGUCCCUGUAGACCCCAGAGGGGACAGGAUGAUGAUGACAAGCUUCCCUAGCAGGCUGGGGAAGGGUGCAAGGCUCAUUGCACUGAACCGUAGGAGAUUCUGAGCAAUAGCAGCAGUUUAAGGUGGCACUUCCCUGCAUAUCCAUAAGAGACAGACUUCUGGCGCAUUCUAGACCAACCUCAUCCAGUAUUUUUUUCUGUUUUACCUUUUGUAUUCUUUUGUUAAGGCAAUGAACUGAGAAUUUGCCCCUCUAGCGAUCCAUGUAUUGGACACUAGCUGCUCUGUGGCCAAAGGCCUUCCUAACUGGUUCCAUUGCCACGUCCGUCUAUUCCCUAGUCCCACCCCAGAAUCAGACAUGCAUGGCAGUGGAAGAAUUUGAGGUCAACUCCAACUGAAUCUGAAUGAAAAUUUAUUUUCUUUUUGAGAGAGCAUCUUGUUUGAAGCCUGAACUGCACACAGGACCAAAGCUGGCUGUGAGGAAAGCAGCCAUAACUUGGGAAACCUGAACACCAGAGGGGAAUAGCUUGUGUGAUGUGUCUCCAAGGGCUUGGGCUUACCUACCUGUUCCUAGGCCAGCCUGAUUUCUGAUGCUCACACUUCUGAUGCUCACACUAGCCCUGCACUCCUGGGGGUCUGGUUUUAAUGUUUAGGUUUAGAGAAAGUGAUACACCAUGUGCAGGGAGCUGGAAAGGGAGUCUCAGCUCGGCUCCUGAGACUGCCUGCAAACUAUGUCAAAGAUUCACACCAUGAACCCUCAGAAGCUGGAGGUGGGUAUUGGCUUUUUUAGCCAGCUUUUUUGGGAAAUGCCUUUUUUGACCUAUUAAAUAAAUGAUGUGGGUAUGAGGUCUCAGCUACCCAGCAGACAGAACAUCGCCCAAAGAUAGCUUGGGUUUCCAGGUAAGAACCCUAGAAAGCUGAAUUUAAUCCUCACAGGUUUUGCUUUCCAAAUUCAUUUGCUUUUAUUUUUCUAAGAACUGUAAGCUCUAUUUUUUCAUGUUCUCAGGGCCCCUGGGUAGACAAACAAAGCUUGAUUUCAGAGCAGAAAUAGGCCAAGAAACCAUGGCAUUGAGUGUGCUGAGUCCAGACAAAUGAUAUUUAUAUACACAUCCAAAUUUGAAGAGAAAAUGUAUUUCUUUAGGUUUCAAACACUGUAAUAGAUACAAAGCAAAAAUAAAAACCUGUUGCAAAGUU